AUGAUCAACUCCGUUGCUCUUCUGGCUCUUGCCAGCCCGGCCUUUGCCGGUAUCAUGCAGGCUCGUGGCGAGGAGUUCGUUCGUCCCGCCGCUCAGAGCUCUGCUGCCGUCGCUGCCCCUGGCCAGGCUGAAGGCUGGGGCGAGAGCUGGUCCAAGCCGGCCGAGCACGUCUCGACCCAUGACUCCUGGAGCAAGUCCACCGAGUCUGCUGAGUCGUGGACCACCCCGUGCACCACCUCGACCACCGCCACCCCUGUGCCUGAGCACACCACCACUCACCCGGUGCAUGAUCAUACUACCACCCACCCGGUGCAUGAUCAUACUACCACCCACCCGGUGCAUGAUCAUACUACCACUCACCCGGUGCAUGAUCAUACUACCACCACCCCGUGCACCACCUCGACCACCCCGGUGCACGAGCACAGCACUACCCCGGUGCCUGAGCAUACCACCACCCCGGUGCACAAUAGCACCACCCCGGUCGGAAACACCACCACCCCCUGCACCACUUCGACCGCCCCGGUGUCUGAGCACACCACUAUCCCGGUGCACAAUACCACCACCCCGGUGUGGGAGCACACCACCAAGCCUCACGUCCCCGUGAAUCCUGGUACCACCAAGACGCUCACCUUCGUGACCACCACCUGCCCUGUCACCUCGUCUACGAUCACCUCUGGCUCUAAGACUUGGACCGUUCCCGUGACCGGAACAAGCACCAUCACCAUCACCAAGACUACCGUCUGCACUAUGUGCGAGAACGAGAAGCCUCUGACCUUCUACAAUGCCACUGAGCCCGCCACCGGACAUCCCACCGCAGGCCCUACCGCCCCCAUUCUGAAGCCCACCGGAGAGGUCGUGGUUCCCCAGAAGCCCGGUCACUCCAAGUCCACUCACAGCUACCCUGUUGAGACCAAGCCCGCUGAGACCAAGCCCAUUGGAACGCAGCCCAUUGGAACGCAGCCCAUCGGUACCCAGCCCGUCGCGACCAAGCCCGUCGAGACCAAGCCCGUCGAGACCAAGCCCGCUGAGACCAAGCCCGCUGAGACCAAGCCUGUCGUCCCCGGCGAGACCAAGCCCGUCGAGAGCCACCCUGCCGAGACCAAGCCCGCUGAGACCAAGCCUGUUGUCCCCGGCGAGACCAAGCCCGCUGUCCCCGCUGAGACCAAGCCUGUUGUCCCCGGCGAGACCAAGCCUGCUGUCCCCGGCGAGACCAAGCCCGCUGUCCCCGGCGAGACCAAGCCUGCCGUCCCUGCUGAGUCCAAGCCCGGUGUCCCUGCUGAGACCAAGCCCGCUGUCCCCGGCGAGACCAAGCCUGCCGUCCCUGCUGAGUCCAAGCCCGGUGUUCCUGCUGAGACCAAGCCUGCCGUCCCUGCUGAGUCCAAGCCCGGUGUUCCUGCUGAGACCAAGCCCGCUGUUCCUGGCGAGACCAAGCCUGCCGUCCCUGCUGAGUCCAAGCCCGGUGUUCCUGCUGAGACCAAGCCCGCUGUUCCUGGCGAGACCAAGCCUGCCGUCCCUGCUGAGUCCAAGCCCGGUGUCCCUGCUGAGACCAAGCCCGCUGUUCCUGGCGAGACCAAGCCUGCCGUCCCUGCUGAGUCCAAGCCCGGUGUUCCUGCUGAGACCAAGCCCGCUGUUCCUGGCGAGACUAAGCCUGCCGUCCCUGCUGAGUCUAAGCCCGGUGUCCCCGCUGAGACCAAGCCCGCUGUUCCUGGCGAGACCAAGCCCGCCGUCCCCGCUGAGUCCAAGCCCGGUGUCCCCGCUGAGACCAAGCCCGCCGUCCCUGCCCAGUCCAAGCCCGGUGUCCCCGCUGAGACCAAGCCCGCUGUCCCCGCUGAGACCAAGCCCGCUGUCCCCGGCGAGACCAAGCCCGCCGUCCCUGCCCAGUCCCAGCCCGGUGUCCCCGCUGCCUCCAACCCCGUCGUCCCUGCUCAGUCCCAGCCCGCUGUCUCCAAGCCUGCCCACAGCGAGCCCGCUGCCCCCAAGAAGACUCAGCCCGCUGCCAACCCCUCCACCCCCGAGGAGCACCCCUCCACACCCGAGCAGCACGGUGCUUCUCCCUCUUCCAACGAGUUCACCGGUGCCGCCUCCAGCGUCAAGCCCGCUGUCGGCCUCCUUGCCGGUGUUGUUGCCCUCAUGGCUCUCCUGUAA